UGAAUCGAGGGGAAGUUUACAGUGCACUGACAGACUUUUCAGUGAGUUCAGUGUGGUGCAAUCGUCGGUGCGUCACACGCUCAGAGAGCCAGCAGUGGAAGUGCGCGUCUAUCCAGGCUGUCAUACAUGCACAUACAGCAAAGAGCCCAGCUUCUUUCCAAAUACACCUUCACUCGCCUCACUUCGCUUGUUGUUUCGACUGAGACUCGGUAGUGAAAUGGAUGUCAUACCGAUGUGCAGCAUCUUCCAGGAGCUUCAGAUUGUGCACGACACGGGAUACUUUUCUGCUUUACCGUCUCUGGAAGAGUACUGGCAGCAGACAUGCCUUGAGCUGGAAAGGUACCUCCAGAGCGAGCCCUACGUCUCAGCCACUGACCUCAAGUUUGAUAACCAGGAGGACCUGUGGAGCAAGCUAAUGCUUGCCUGCGGGGACAAGUCGAAUGAGGCAGACCCAAAGAUCGCCCACAUCAAGGAGGAGGUGGACAAUCAGGACAUCCAACCCCUUGACGUUGGUGGUUUCAACUCCGACGCCAGCAGCGAGGCCUCGGAUAGCUCUGAGGAGCUCUCUCCGACCCUUGACUUCUCCUCUGGCUCUUUGACUGACAUGUUGGGUGACAGCGGAGAAGACCUGGGCUCUGCUAUCAUCAGCACGCCGCCAUCCUCUCCCGAGCUCGGCAAAGAAGGCUCUGUGGCCCAGGUGUGGAGUGGGAUACAGACUGUGCUAACCUCACCAGGGAAAAUAAGGACUGGGGGCACAGAGAGGUCAGUGGAAAGGUCAGGGAUGACCAGUGGGGAGGCGUCGCCCGAUGGGAGGAGAAGGGUGCAUAGAUGCCAUUUCAAUGGAUGCCGGAAGGUGUACACCAAGAGCUCGCACCUCAAAGCACACCAGCGCACACACACAGGUGAGAAGCCCUACAGGUGUUCAUGGGAGGGCUGUGACUGGCGCUUUGCACGAAGUGAUGAACUAACCCGACACUUCAGGAAGCACACUGGAGCAAAGCCAUUUAAAUGCAAUCACUGCGACAGGUGUUUCUCCCGUUCGGACCACCUGGCGUUGCACAUGAAGAGGCACAUCUAAGAUGGCCUCCAUGUUGAGAGCUCUGAGGGAUGAGUCUGGUUGAUUGUCCCGACCAGUUGGGGAACAGCAAGACCGGUGUGUCCGGGGAGCAUUAACAGGGGCACCGCUGUCAGCGGAAACACAUGAAGCAACACAGGCUAUUAUUUGCACCAUACUUUGUGCCUCCAACACCUCGCCGUGGUGAUUGCUUUUGAAAGGCUUUUACGGAGGAGCAGGGGGUGAAAAGAGAAGAUAGGAAAGAUCUUGGCUGGAGUCAAUGGGAAGAGACUGCACUGUAUGGUGUUAAAUGCUCUUUUUUGUUAGUUUUUUUCCUGGACGAUUAUGGGACUCCAGGAAUGGGGGUGCUAUUCCUCCAUUGACAGUGUGUUUGCCUGUACGCAUGGGACUCUGAGUGCCUGUGACUGGAUGCCUGUGCUGGCUUUAUGGAGCGGAUGGAGCUUGCGAGUGAGUGACAUGGAAGAGGUAUCUUAUUUAAUGACAGUUUUCUUUUUGGGGAGGGGAGAGAGGAAACGGGGCGAGAGGAUGACCUGAUGUCUCUGUAAGAAUUAAUUCAAGCAAAGAAUUCUGUCUAUGUUGGUCUGUUCACUAUGGCAGGGAGUAGGGGGUUGUUUGCUGAAGCUGAUUCAUUUUUUAUUUGUCCAAAUGAUGACCCCCUUCUGCCUGGAGGUGGAAUUACAGCUCCCUGUCCAAACUUGGGGAGGUUGUUUUGUUUAGUGCAGCUAUUAAAUGUGCAAUGUAUUACGUGGCCUGUCUCACAACAUACACGUUAUAAAGCUCAUUUUGUUGUCCAUUGUAUAAGACUUGUAUCAAAAAAGACAAAAACAAAGAAAAAAAUCUAUUGUACACUAACAGUUAUGGCCAUUAUAACAGCAGUUGCAUGGGAUCUAGGGAGGUGUUGCUCACAUGUGUGCAUAGAGGACGACAAAAUUCCAGUGCAGCUACUUUCAUGUUACUCAGUACCAUACUAUUGUAAAAAAUGUAAGGCAGUCUUGGUUUUUUUUAAGAAAUUGGGGAUACCACUAUUGCUGAGCAACUGUCUUGGUUGAGGGUUUUUUUUUUUGUUCCUUUUUCUUCACAUUUGUUUUUUCUCUUUUGUUCUGUCUGUAAAUGCACUGUAGACCUUACUGAUGCCUUAUGUAAGUGGCCUUGUCCUGUUAAAAAGAUGACUCCCUCACCACAAAUACACACACCAAACGGCCAAUGCAGUAGUGCGUUUACUACAUAGCUUUAUAAAGGCUCCUAUCCAUACAUUAGUACCCUUUUUGUCCUUUUUUCUCAUCAGAUUUCUCCAAAUUCUGAAACAGUAAAAUCUGUAUUAUAUAUAUAUAUAUAUAUAUAUAUAUAUAUAUAUAUAUAUAUAUGUAGUACUAUCUAUCUAUCUAUCUAUCUAUCUAUCUAUACAUCUAUCUCAUCUGUCUAUCAGUAUAUAUAUAUAUAUAUAUAUAUAUAUCGACUUCAACUGGUGGUUUUCCAUAUCAGUCACUUAUUUUUUCACGAAUACAUCAGAUCAGAUUCUAAGUGAUUCUGAUUCCAGACAGAAAUUGUGGAGCCUUUGGGGAAAAAAAAUCACCUUUAUAGUGGUUUACUACUAUGUAGUAUGACAUGAUGCAGAUGCACUACAGAUAAACUGUAAGCUGCUGUCAAAGGUACAGAGCCUUGGAAACAUGUUCUCGUGAAAUGUGUAUUUGGUCACAGCAGCGAGGGGAUAGAAUUUACUGCACAUCAGGGCCGUUUGUAAUAGUUGAUGUGUUCUCUGGUAUAAUAGAUGUCCUAUGAGAUGAUGACAGCAGUCUUAAUCAUGAGUCUGUUAUUAUGUAUGUUUUGUCUCGCUUUGCUCUCAACAUGAGUCAGUAUUUUGCCUCAGUCCCAGUUCAAACAACCCUUAAUCUGACUAAACGGUACUAAGACCAGUCUAACCAGUUUAGCUGUGCUGCGCUUCAAGUCAUUGGAUUUCUGUCUCUGAAGUGGGGACUGGGACCAGACUGUUUUGCUUUUACCAACUUCACAUUUUGCACGAUCAAACUUCAAGUUCAAGUUAAAGGUAUUUUUUGGGUUCUAUCAUAAUUUGCCAACUGAGACAAAAAUAAUUCUUCUGGAUAUUUUAAGCUUCAAACAAAGUGUUAAAAAUGAACAUCAUUCUUUGGUGUCUUUAUUUCAGUCGGUGUCACAGGUAGCCUUGUGAUCAUUUAUUUGCAGGUUAGCCUGUUGUAGAUUAAUGGAAUACAGUUAGCAUUGCGUCUUUUUUUACACUGAGAAAUGUUAAAAAAUGCUAAGAUGCAUUUGUUGGUGAAAGGACGUUUUGUAAGAAAGCAUAUAUUUUGAAUGGAUGUGGGACCAAAAGCAAGCGCAGUGAGUCAUUUCUAAAUAAAACAGAUAAAAGGCAAAAAAAAUACUGUAAAAUAGAUGCACUCCAUUUUUGUUUUCAUUUGUUGUGUAGCACUUUUGUUAUGGGAGAAAAAAUAAGAUUGAGCAAUGCACAUUAUCAAAUGGCAUCAAUAGUGCUUACACCUGUGGCCUGUCAUUUUUCAAGAGGAAAAAAAAACUUUAUACAUGGGAAUUGUUCUGGACACUUGAAUUGUCAUCAUCUUUCUGGUGCCCGUAUAAUUUUAAUGAAAUUGUUACUUACAUGUAAUUUCUUUCUCUUAACUUUUCAAAAACUUGCAAUUAUACCCUGUCAUUAGCUAUAAUAAAAAAAACUAUUGGAUAAACAUGGAAAAUAUGAGGCUCUAUUUUUGUUUGUUUUAUGGCAUAACAAGAUUUUUUUUUUUCCUUUAAAAUUGUUUUGUAAAAUAGUUUCUGUAUGAAUGUAUUUUUUAUUGAAAAAUGGAUAAAAACUUUAUUGGUUCUA